AUGUUCUCCAACAUCUUCAAAGACAAAGACUCGUCACAACACCCAACGUCUGGCCCCAAGAAAGAGGCCUCCCUAGAGACGAUACUUCCUACGCCAGAACUACGCGCUGAGCUCGCCCUCGUUGUGGUCUUGUGCACCGAUGCCAUCCGCAACGACCUCAGUGCCACCUUCCAGGUACCAGCAGCUCUCCAGACUGCCGCAUCAUUCCAUGAUCCUGCAGCCGAAGAAAACCUGAUUGCGCUUGAUGAAAACCAAAGGGCACAUGCGUCGCGUGCUGCCGAACGAGCUGAGCGCGUCGAUAAGAUCAAGAAGGAGCUCGCCGCCGACGAUGUUCAGGACUUGUACCGCGCUGCUCUCAGUUUCUUCAACAACUGGCGUGUGCAAGUCUUAAAGCGCCUAGGUGAAACCCUCAAGGUACAUGGCAGGGAAAUAGCCAUUUUGAAGCAGCAGCGGGAGAGAUCUUUGGCGAAGAAACAAGAGCUAGAUUUGCUGUCCCUUGAUGACAGCCAAACACCUCCUGAUUCCCCUCAUUCUCGCAAACCUAUUCCCACUACCCUCACCCAGCUGCCAGAAGAGUCUCGCACUCUCAUACUGAAUUCUAUCCUGCUUCUUCUCCUUUCUUUGCAGAAUUACCCUGCCCAUUCACGCCUUCUUCUCCUGCAACUCUCCUCCAGUCUUCGCGUGCCUACAGCCACACUCUGCGAACAGGAGACCGCACUCGCCAAAGCUCUUCUCACAUCCGCACGCCAGCUCUCUGCCGAGGAGGAAACGGCCCGCGCUGCAUCCUCGAACGCAACCUCUCGCAAAUGGAAAGUGGGCCUGGCCACCGUCGCCGGCGCUGCCCUUAUUGGCGUCACCGGCGGCCUAGCAGCUCCAUUCCUCGCAGCAGGCGUGGGCACCGUCCUCGGCGGCGUCGGCCUGGGUGCCACAGCGGUCGGUGGUCUCCUGGGCGGGUUGGCGGGGAGCAGUGUGCUGGUGGGUGGGCUGUUCGGCGCGUACGGCGGGCGCAUGACGGGCAAGAUGAUGGACAAGUACACGGCCGAAGUCUCCGACUUCCGCUUCAUCGCCGUGCGCGGUGGCGACGACGGCGGCGUGUACGAACGGCAGCGCAAGGCGCAGGGGCUGUCGCGCCGCGAUAGCAGGAGACCGGAGGAUAUCCUCGGCAGCUGGAAGCCGCCAGGCCGCUCCAACACCUCGUCUUCCUCCGCCAUUGACCCAGCUUCCGAGCACCACCGCCUGCGCGUCGCUAUCACCAUCAGCGGUUGGUUGACCGACUCGACCGAGGUCUUUACGCCGUGGUUCGUAAUGGGGCCGCAGCUCGAGACGUUCGCCCUGCGGUGGGAGGUCGAGGCGCUGCUGAAGCUGGGCACGUCGCUUUCGGCGGUGCUGAAGAGUGCGGCCUGGAGCUACGCCAAGUAUGAGAUCGUCAAACGUACGGUGCUGGGCAGCCUGGCGGCAGGGCUGUGGCCAUUGAUGCUCCUACGCGUGGGUCGUAUAGUCGACAACCCCUUCUCCAUCGCCAAGAAGCGCAGCGAGAAGGCUGGCGCUGUGCUCGCCGACGCUCUGAUCAACAAGGCCCAGGGCGAGCGUCCCGUUACGCUCAUCGGGUACUCGCUUGGCGCGAGGGUCAUCUACUCGUGUUUACUGCAGUUGGCUGAGCGCCGCGCGUUCGGCCUGAUUGAGAACGUGGUCAUGAUGGGCGCACCUACCCCGAGCGACGCCGCCGCGUGGCGAAAGAUGCGGACGGUGGUGGCGGGCCGCUUGGUUAAUGUGUAUAGCUCUAACGACCAUAUCCUCGGUUUCCUAUACAGGACAAGCAGUAUCCAAUUGGGCGUCGCGGGACUCCAAAAAAUUGAAGGUGUUGAAGGCGUAGAGAAUUUUGACGCGAGCGCUAUGGUCGACGGCCACACUAGGUACAGAUGGCUGACUGGUACCAUCCUGAAGAAGAUUGGGAUGGAGGAGUUGGACGAUGAGGAGGUGCGGAAAGAGGAAGAGGAACUUCGUAUUGAGGAGGCAAAGGAGCGCAAGGCAGAGCAGGAGAACGAGAAAAUGGUUGAGCAAAAAAUUGAGAAGGCUGGCGACAGCCAGGAGGAGAGACGUAUCAUCAUGCAAGACGUCGCCGAAGAAGAAGCCAAACUGCUGGAAAUGCGGACUGGUGUCAGAGCUGACGAGCCGACCACCGUAAACCAGAGGGGAGCGGAGGCUGGCAAGGCGCCACCGUUUGAGAAGCUAAGCCUACAGGAAGAGCCCAGUCCACAACUUCCUCUCCGUCCAUCGCAGAACCGAAGCAUUCCCCGGAAGCCCGUUGGCCAGCCCGCAAACGCUCCGGAGAGCGAGAUGCCACCAGAGAAACCCCCGCGACCUUCUCAACCCAGGGCUGGACCGUCCGAAAAAGAGGAUGCGCCGCCGCCGCAGCCUCCUCGCCGCACCACGGCUGUUACCGACUUUGCACCGGCGCCUGCUAUCCCUGUGGCAUCUGAAACCAACAAAGAUAUUCUGGUUGAUGAUUAUGACGACGACAAUCUCUCUAUAGGAGAAGACGACGUUGAGAGCGUCGGUGAAGUCGGCGAGAUGACCAUGUUAGAGGCAGAGCCCAUAUCUGACUCGGAGCCUGAGACUGAGUCGCGGCCGGGACGAAAAUAA